AUGGCAUCUCUUGCGGAGUAUACCGCCGAUGAUGUUGCGCUUCACAAAGCAAAGCAUGAUACCUGGGUAGUAAUUCACGGAAAAGUCUAUAAUAUUACGGACUACGUUCGUGAUCAUCCUGGCGGAGCCGAUGUUCUGCGUGACGUUGCCGGAACAGACGCCACGGAAGCAUACGAGGACGUUGGGCAUUCUGACGAUGCCGACGAAAUUUUGGCGGUUUAUUUGAUUGGUACUUUGAAGGGUGCUCGCGAAUUUACACGUCCUAAAUCGGUUCGAGUGGUCCAGCAACCACUAGAACAAAUAUCUGUCGUGAAGAAUACCACUUCCGCUACGGGAGCAAUUACAACUACCGUUGGCUCUGUCGGGGGAAUUGCAUUACUCGCUUUUCUUCACAAGCGUGGCUAUCUUUCGUUUUCCGAUUUCAAGACUCAACUUCUGCGGCUGGUGCCCAAUUUUGCACAUGCUAGUCUCGAGGUGGUGCCGAAAAUAAAUUUGCGCGACGGCGGUUUCUCGCAAGGUUUCAUCUCAGCCGGUGGACUUUUUACAACAAUCGGUGUCAUCAUUGGUACAAAAUUGUCAAGCCUCACCCAGAUACAGUCCGGCUUUACUCGAUAUCCACCACAUCGCCAGGGCAAGAGGAUGGCAAAGGCUAAUCCACACCUCGCCAAGGGAUUCCUCGAUCCAAAGGAAUACCAAGAGCUUCCACUGAGCGUCAAGGAGAAGCUCUCGCCAAACGUCUAUCGAUUUGUUUUCACACUUCCACGGCCUAAAGAUAUCAUUGGCCUUCCUAUUGGCCAACAUGUUGCUAUAAAAGCUACCAUUGAUGGUCAAUCUGUUUCUCGCUCUUAUACACCAACGUCGAACAACAUGGAUUCUGGCCUCCUGGAGCUAGUGAUUAAAUGCUACUCGGAUGGCCUACUCACUGGGAGGUAUCUCGAAAAUCUAGAGGUCGGCGACAAGGUUCUCUUCCGUGGUCCUAAGGGCGCCAUGAAAUACAAAAACGGUCUUUGCCGUCGCAUUGGGAUGAUUGCAGGAGGAACAGGAAUUACCCCGAUGUACCAGCUCAUUCGUGCCAUAUGUGAAGACGAAACAGAUACCACAGAGAUCAGCUUGGUGUAUGCAAAUCGGUCAGAGGAGGAUAUUUUGCUACGGGAUGAGCUCGAGAAAUUUGCUCGAAGAUAUCCAAAGAACCUCAAGUUAUGGUACAUGUUGGACCAUCCUCCACAAAACUGGAAAUACGGCAAGGGAUAUGUGACACGUGAGAUAAUGUGUGACAGGCUCCCUGCUCCAUCCUCGGAGACAAAAAUCAUGUUAUGCGGACCUCCUGGCAUGGUCAAUGCCUCCAAAAAGGCGUUAUCUAGCCUAGGUUUUGAAGCCCCUGGGACUGUGCCUAAAAUGACGGAUCAGAUCUUCUGCUUCUGA